AGCUGAGUUUACGUCAAAUGUUCUGAUGACACGAGCAAAAGGAGCAUCCUGUUUUCUGCACAAUAUAUAUGCUGCAUGAACAUCUUCAUGUGAACAUUAUCCUGCUGAUACAGACGUCUUUGUACUUUCUCUGAGGAAUAACUGUGAGACCGUUAUCAGAAUGGACAUGAUGGAAAUCGACGACGACGUAUAUAUAAAUAGGAACCUCACAUUGGAGGGCCUCGUUACCAAAGUGGAUUUUCACAGAGGAAAGAAGCCCUCUAGAUGUGUGACCAUGUGUCUUGGAUUACUGUGUGCUCUCCUGUUGGCUGGCAACAUCGGACAGUUUAUCUACUAUGAGGUAUUCAGCCAUCACCGGUCAGCAGAUCCAGCACAGGCCAGCUACAUUCAAGGAGAUCAACUGCAGAGCCGUUAUGAUGCUUUAACUGCAGAGAGAAAAGAGUUAGAGGACAGACUGACUAACCUGACGACAGAAAAAGACCAGUUGCAGCAAAGUUACGACACCUUAAAACAAGACAGCGAUCAGUUACAGUCUGAUCACAAUGAUGUGAAAGCAAGCAAAGACCAGCUGCAGACCAAUUACAGCAACCUGCAAAGAGAAAAAGACCAGUUGCAGCAAAAUUACGAUUCUUUGACUGCCGAAACAGAUGAGUUCAAGGCCAGUUUUAACAAUCUAAAAAAUGAAUGGGACCAGUUACAAGCAAGUUACAAUAAUCUGACAGUGAGCUAUGACCAGCUACAGACCAAUUACAGCAACCUGCAGAGAGAAAGAGACCAGUGGCAGAAAAGUUACAAAGACUUAAGACAAAGCAAAAAUCAACUAGAGAGAAGCUGUUAUGACAUGCAGAUGAAUCUCGACAGGUUACAGACAAAUCACAAUGAACUGACAUCAAGUAACAAAGUGCUACAGAACACAUACAGUAAACUGCAGAGAGAAAAAGAUGAGCUACUGACUACGUUCUUUACGCUGAGAGCAAACAGAGAUCAGUUACAGAACAAUUACACUUCACUAAAAAGGAACAACGACCAGCUGCAAAGAACCUACGACACACUAAGUACAAGUAAAAAUCUCCUUGACAUCAGCUACACUUCACUGUGGAAAGACAAACAACAGCUGCAAACCCGUUAUAAUACUCUGAGGAGGGAAAAUCAGCAGUUACAGACCAAUUACAGCAGUUUGGUCACAAUCAGAGAUCAGUUAGAGAAGAAGAUCAACAAAGUAACAGCUAAACCCUGUCAGGCGGGCUGGAGGAAGUUCGACAUCAGCUGUUACUUUGUCUCAACUUUGACGAGAAACUGGACGUUGAGCAGAAACGCCUGCAUCACAGAGGGCGCCGAUCUGGUCGUCAUAGACAGCAGAGAGGAACAGGAAUUUGUCAACGGGUUACUGCAAGUAGACCAAAAUGCCUGGAUUGGUCUGACUGACAGUCUUGAGGAGGGGACUUGGAUGUGGGUGGACGGGACCCCACUCACGACAGGGUUCUGGCAACCCGGGCAGCCCAACAGCUUCAACGGGAACCAGGACUGUGGGGAAAUUGUGCAGAAAUCAGUGGGAGUGGGAGAAUGGAACGAUGACGGCUGUUUUUCUCAACAGUUGUGGAUCUGUGAGAAAUGAGAUCACAGUUAUUUACACAGUGGCUUUGGACUGUGGUCCUAACUAGAGAUGGGUAUCGUUCGGAUUCUACCAAUACUACUACUCUUACCGAUACUGCUUAUCGAUCUGGUACUUAAACAGUACUCUUAUCGGCUCUUUUGUUUUUUUAUUAAUACAAAAAAAUGAAACAAAUUAAGAACAGAAUUAACAUUGCUUUAUUUUCUAUGUAUGUAAGUGCAUUAACAUCCUGCUACAGCAUUGUUUGGAAUUUAAUUUCACUUUUUAAUUUUGUAUAUAGAGCCCAAUAUCACAAAUCACAAUUUACCUCAGAGGGUUUUACAGCACAUGACAUCCCUCUGUCCCUGGGCCCUCACAGGGGAUAAGGAAAAACGCAGAAACCUGAAUAAAUUACUACUGUAGACUAGGACAUACUCGAGGUGAACGGGGUAACGGGAGAUGAACUACGAGCUAGAUGGUCGAAAACGGUGCAUUUCUCUGUCUAUACGUGGCGUUAUUUUGCUAGAUGUUUCGUAAGAUUGCUCAUGUUUCUGCCCUCACAUGCAAAGGAGGUGUUGAGUAUAACCAAACAUACUCUCUCUGCCAUUGUCACUGAGCGCAGGGCCUCUGAUGCAGAACAUUGUUAACAAUUUUAUAAAUGUACUGUUUAGCCGAUGCUUAAUGUUGGAUGUAAUGAAAUAUGAAUCACUUUACAUAUGUUUGCAAAUUGCCAUGUGUGUGAUUAACGCAUGAAAAUGAAAAUUACAAAUAAUGUAAGUUACAAAA